GUAGAUAUAAUAUAAUAAUAUAAUAUUAUCUAUAUAUUGUUUUUAACUCAUUUAUGUACUUCGUGUUAUUACUUAUCGUCAUAAGAGAUAUAAUGUAUUAGUCACAUUUUGGGCUUUCGCCCACUCUCAACUUUGUACCUUUUUAUCUCAAAAACGCCUGUUCCGGGUUGUCGAAAGUAGUACAUAAAUAGAAGGGUCUGCGCUACCCUCAGUAGUCAGAAUUUGAAUCUUAAACUGUAACGCGGAAUAAAGAAUUAUUCUCAUUAUUAAAACAUAAUUGUCUUUUCUUUGCUAUUCCCUUAAGGUCAAGCGUUUUACCCUUUGUUUUAAUUAAUUUUGUAAUAUUUAAAAGUGUCGGAUAAAGUAUUUACAAAACGACACGACAUAAAAUUGGUGCUAAGUGUGGGGUACGCUUUGAAGAAAAUUAGAAAGUUUUCAACGAGGAGUUCAACAAGACGACGUCCAAGUAGAAACCAGGACCAAGCCUCUUCUGGACAGAAGGACGAGCAACUCAAGGCUGAGGGGAAUCUGACUAGCAGUUGAUAGAAAAGCAAUAAAAGCCAUAGUAAAACAAGAUGCUGUCCAUCCUUAUAGUACUGUUGCCAGUUUGUCUUGGAUUAAGCUACAAAGUCACUCCAAUUAACACACCUAUUUUCAAGGAGCAAUUAUUUGACGUAAGGCUGUACCAUGAAGUGUGGACUACGAUCCAUUUUGCAGAUUUUCGCGACGUCAUCGAUGGGACCAAACAAGUGGGAAGUCACAUCGACAAAUUAUCAAAUUUAUGUAUGAAAGUUGCAGAAUGUAACCAUAAAAUUUUAAUUCGUACGUUAAGUACUAGGUAUAAUAAAAUUAAAAAUAGAUUAGAUACUCUAGUUAGUUUAAACAAUCAUCGACGCAAAAGGGGAAUAUUUAACCUUGGAGGGUCGAUAUUAAGAUACAUCUUCGAAACUUUGACGGAAGACGAUGCUAACUUAAUAAAUAAUGAAAUUUCAAAUGUUUAUAAUAACACUGCGAGAAUUAGCAAACUUUUAAAAAACCAAACUGCGAUUAUCAAAACAACUAUUGGGGAAUUUGAAAAAUUAACUGCUUCACAGUAUGUAGACAUAACUAGAUUAACAGAGCUUGUAAGAAAUGAAAGUUCGAAAGUAAAUAUAAAUACGUUUAAUUCUGAUUUAAUGGAAAGUAUUGCAACAACAGAAAUUAAUUUAGAUGAUUUAUUUGAAACAGUAAAUGUAAUUUUUGAUGCUAUAAAUUCUGGGAAGACCGGAGUUGUUUCUCCACAACUUGUUACACCUCAAAAUUUUUUACAAAGUUUAAAAAUAAUUAGUAAUUCACUUAAUAUGAAAGCACUUCCAUUUCCUUUAGGAUUGAACUAUUAUUCUAUGUAUAUGCAACUUAGUACAGUUCAGAUAAUGAUAGCAGAUAACAAAUUAACAUAUGUUAUUCGUACGCCUAUUCCUACUGAGCCAUUGUAUCGAGCAUUUAAAUUUAUACCUGUGCCUAUAGCUAGCUGGACAAAAUAUUAUAUAUAUGAAAAUGUAGCCACUAAACCUGUUGCCAUUAACCUUGAGCAAACAGAUUACACUUUAAUAGAUUUAGAAAAAUGUACGGUCAUUAAUGCACUUAGAGUUUGUGAAAUAACAAACCCAAUUCAUCGACUAGCCAUAGAAACUAGUUGCUAUUCACACUUGAUAAGAGAUAAAACAGAUACAGAAUGUAAAAAGAAGUAUUUUUCCCUACUAGAUACAUAUGUUUUGGCUCUUACCAAUGGCUACACAUGGUAUAUUUUGCCAUAUCAUACAGAAACUAUUUCUAUUUUUUGUCCAAAUUCUCCAGAGAAAACUAUUAUCAUAAGUAGUCCUUCUAUUUUCGAAUUAUCAACACACUGUCGAGGAUCCUCUCGAACAAAUGUAUAUCUACCUCGAAGCUUCCAGCUUUUUCAAGCAGACAUAUAGACUUACAAGACCUUAAAGAUUCAUCAAAGACAUUAGACGAGAUGACAUCAGAUUUAGAUACCAUACUUGCGACACAAUCCAAACAUGCAUGGAUUCAAACUGGACAUACAACUUUGCAAUAUAUAGGUCUCUUAAGCACAAUUGUUGUUAUAAUUUAUGGAUUAUUACAAUGUGGUUGUUUUUCUGCCUUGUGGAAAAUUGUACAGUGGAUAUCAUUCUCAAUAUGUAUUAAAUUUAAGUAUAAUGAACCUCCCGUUCAACCUGUUAUUCCACCACAACAAUUAAAUUUACUCCCUGCUGUGUAUUAUAAAGAGACAGAUAAAAGUCUACCUGUUUCCGAACCAUCUGUAGGAUUUCGGAAACUAUUUUAAGGGGGGAGGUGUCCAGAGACCCUAACAAAAAGUAGAUAUAAUAUAAUAAUAUAAUAUUAUCUAUAUAUUGUUUUUAACUCAUUUAUGUACUUCGUGUUAUUACUUAUCGUCAUAAGAGAUAUAAUGUAUUAGUCACAUUUUGGGCUUUCGCCCACUCUCAACUUUGUACCUUUUUAUCUCAAAAACGCCUGUUCCAGGUUGUCGAAAGUAGUACAUAAAUAGAAGGGUCUGCGCUACCCUCAGUAGUCAGAAUUUGAAUCUUAAACUGUAACGCGGAAUAAAGAAUUAUUCUCAUUAUUAAAACAUAAUUGUCUUUUCUUUGCUAUUCCCUUAAGGUCAAGCGUUUUACCCUUUGUUUUAAUUAAUUUUAUAAUAUUUAAAAGUGUCGGAUAAAGUAUUUACAAAACGACACGACAGAUGAUAUACCUCUGUGGGACGUUACAGCCUCUGGUGUUUUUCGCUGCGAUCGAGAUAUAUAAAGGGGGAGGUUUGACACUGAGGCUGUUUUUCAUAUUUGUGAUGAUAUCCAAAUGUACAUUCAUGACUCGAUAAUCAAUAAACCGGUUGUACUCGGGUGUAGGUUUUGUGUUAUGUUGGCAACAACUGUAGAAAAUGGCUGCUGCGCGUUGCGCCGUUACUUUUUUUUG